UAAUUGUCAAUAUCUGUCAAAAAGAUUAACGCAUAUGAUUGAAAAUAUUAUUUAAUAAUUCGUCAUAACUUUAUUAAAGUUAACAAUGCCUCUUCCGCCAGCGAGUGGAACUGGUAAAUAUUUUGCGAGAGCUGCAAAAUCCAUUCGGUUAAUCCGUCAAGGAUGUACUAAUAGACCUUUCUUCCAUAUAUCUGUUACCCAUCGUAGAAGACUGAACAGCCAACCAGUGAUAGAGCAACUUGGUUCAUAUGAUCCAAUGCCUAAUUUCAAGAAUGAAAAACUGGUUGCCUUAAAUCUGGAAAGAAUGAAGUUCUGGCUUGGCCAAGGAGCCCAUGUGACCACACCUGUAGCUGAAUUACUUGGUCUUUCCGGUUUCUUUCCAAUCCAUCCUCGCUCAUAUAUGACCGCAUGGAGAAAUAGAAGAACAGUGAAGGAGAAUUUAGAGAAACAGAAAGAAGCAGCAGCCGCAGAGGCUAAGGCUGAAUAGUUUAACUUAUAAGUUACCAAAUAUUUGUAUAUUAAAAAUAUAGUUUUAGAAACAA